AUUUCAUCUUCCUUUUUCAAGCACCCUUGAUUUAAUUUCUUUGAUGCAUGCAUGCUCCUUCUUUUCUUCUUAUGACAUCCAAGUGCAUGAUUAGAAAUCAGGUUAUAUAUUAUGGACAAGCUAAGCCAGUAUAAACGUGUGUUCAACCAAUUUGAUGAGAAUGGAGACAGCAAGAUAUCGCCGUCAGAGCUCCGGCAAUGCGUGGAGGCCAUUGGCGGGGAGUUGUCAGAGAAGGACGCGGAGGUGGCAGUGACAUUGCUCGACAGGGACGGCGAUGGACUGGUGGGGUUUGAAGAUUUUGUGAGGUUUUUGGAGGAAGGGAAAGAGGAAGAGAAAGAGGAUGACUUGAAGGAGGCUUUUAAGAGGUAUGAGAUGGAUGGGAGUGGUUGCAUCACACCCAGGAGUCUUAAGAGGAUGCUUAGUAGGUUAGGUGAAUCUAGAAGCUUAGAUGAGUGUAAAGUUAUGAUUGCUAGAUUUGAUCUUGAUGGAGAUGGGGUGCUCACUUUCGAUGAAUUUAAGGUCAUGAUGUUGUAAUAAUGUGUGUAUUGAUUUGUUAAUUUCCCCUGUUCUUUAAUUUUACUAGUGAUUGAUUAUUUAUUUAUUAAUUAACUUUUUA